UUUGAAAAUGUUUUACAAAUGGCAACACAGAGUGAGCUGUGGAGUUAUGUAAAGUGAUGUCAGAUGGCGGAAAUGCCGUGUUUUCUGUUUAUUUCACUUCCUGUCAACUGAGGCGCUUUAAGCAUGGCAGCUGUAUCGACUCCGGUUGGCCAAGAUCAACCGACCAAAACAUCUCCUCCACCCGUCCUGUUUGAUCUGUCUCAGCCUCCGGUCAUCGAGGGAUUCACCCCACUGCCAAGAGUGACGGAAGAGAACUUUAAGGACAAAUUCAUCAGGAAGACGAAAGAGAACCCAUUCGUCCCUAUCGGUUGCUUAGGAACAGCAGGGGCAUUGAUCUACGGCCUCGGAGCCUUCAGAAGUGGCAAGACCCGACAGUCCCAGCUGCUAAUGAGAGCCCGUAUCUUCGCCCAAGGCUUCACUGUCGUUGCUAUUAUAGUGGGCGUGGCUGCAACGGCUCUGAAACCCAAGCAAUGAGAGAGGACAGACCAAGGGCAACACCAGAGCCUGUUUGAUCAUUCAAGAGCCUUGAGUGGAAUGAACUGAACCUUAAAUGCCAACUCAGGAUUGUUUAUUUCCCAGUGAGAGGCCCAGUGCAUGAACACAAGUUAUAGAUUGCAAGGUUUAUACACAGAUUUAAUGCCCAGCAUUUAAUAUAUGCCAUCUUCUUGACCCAAGUCCACAGUAGCCACAUUUUGUGCUUAAAUUAUUUGAUGUGAACUGCAAAUCAGUGCCUGCUUUUCCAUGUUGGUGAAGUAAGGAUACAUGGACAUUGUUACCUCAAUUUAUUAUGUCUGUGUACAUUUAGGAGAACCAUUGAUGGUGCAGUGUAAUGUGUCACAAUAUUAGCAAUCUCAUUAUUAAACAAAAAAGUGUAAUAAAUUUAAUCCUAGUUUUUGAGAUACAUUGGGUCAUACUGUGUCAAUUCAACCGGAGGUUCCUGGCUCAAUUUUUUUUUUAACUGGUCAAAGAAAUCCAUUAUGUAUGAUUAAGUCCAAACUCUUAAAUGCUAUGGUUCAAUAUUUAUAUUUGGAGUUAUAUUUAAUUUGUUUACUGGGGUCAAAAUGACAACUUUCACCCAUGAUUGUGGAGCAAAACUACAGGUAAAAAUAAAUUAUAACCCUAGAAAGGUGACAGCAUCAUUGAUUUAUUUUUACAGAGAAAGGUCCAUCCAUCCAUCCAUCCAUCCACGUCAACCGCUUAUCCUGUGUACAGGGUCGCGGGGGGCUGGAGCCUAUCCCAGCUAACAUUGGGCGAAAGGCGGGGGACACCCUGGACAGGUCGCCAGUACAGAGAAAGGUCUGUUACUAAAAUCCAUUGACUUCAGCACUCCUUGUUGUAGGGUUGUGUUUUGCAAAAUAUGUGCAAAAACUGUACUUUUAGGGGUACAACAGCUUGUCACUGGGGCAGUACACCUACAGUAACUUCUUUACACCUUAAUGUACUAAAAUGUACUCUAGCGACAGACAGGGACCAAAUACAUCCCGACUGUUAUGGAAAGGUUACAGUGGAUGUAGUUUUAGGGUAUUGCUCCAGUGACAAGCCGCUGUACACUGUUUUGGAGUGGAAGUGCCUAUAACUCCAAAUUAUUUGAAGAUAUUUUAUUAUACUUUUAGAUUUAGAAAUGUCCUUUUUAUAUCUUCAUUUCUCAGGCCCUACAUGGUUAAAUCCAAAGAGAUACAGGUUGUCAAUUAGACUGAAAAUUGUUAAAGUUUACACAUUUUCAAUGGGUAAAAACCAAAUGUGGGUCACAUGGUAUGAAGCUAGUUUUUCCUGUCCAACAAAAUAAAGGGUGAAAGAACACAUAAUGGUUAAACUAGAGAUGUACCUUUUGUUAUGCACAUAAAAACAAUGUCAAAAUCAAUUUGAUUUGUUUUUAAAAUCAUAUGCAAAAAUUGCCCUCUUUAAAAUAAUAAAUGUAUCAGUAAAUAUUGAUCCAUGGCAUUAAAUAUGGCUUUAAUCAUAUAAUUUGUGUGUCUUCAGAAUUUUUUUUUAUAUGUUUUUGUUUUCCGAAGUUUCUGAAAUUUGGUUGAUUUCACAUGGAAUAACCCAUUAAAUGUUUUCUGAAAUAAAAAAAGUUUUUAUUGAAUUACACAUCAAUAUAGCAUGGUACACAUCAAGCACACACAAUCAAUUAGAGCAAGGGGUUGAGAUAAGCGUUGUUAAAAUAAUAAUUAUUAAAAAAAGACAAAAAAAUGUAACCAAUAUAUUUGAUGUCAAAUCGUUUCAUUAAAACCAAGAGUUUUAUUUAAACAUACGGUUUACAAAUGUUUUCUUCAGGGAACCAUCAUGCAUUGUAGUAUGCAACUAAACUGGUUAUCUUAAAAUGCUACACAAACUGCUUAACAUAACAAGGCCUCCCAACUGGGUGAAUAUGAAUUAUACAAACAAUAAGUAACACCCAUAGUUGUUUCAUGCAAGUAACCAGUAGGACUGCAAAAACAUCUGGACCAAGUUCUAUAAAAUGGAAUCCUGUUUGAUCUCCAGCUAAAGCUUUUAUAUGCAAAAAGAUAACUACCUGCAUUGUUAUUUUAUUGUGCUACCUUGAAUUUCUAGAGCGUUCAGAUUUUGGCAGCUUGGAUGAUGAAGGCCAGUGGGGUAGACAUUAAGUCACAGAGAGUAAAGGUUCAGGCACAGAAUUCAUUGCUGUAGACUGAGGCCUCAUUUA